AUGGCGAACGGGGUUAUAAGAUUUUGGAAAGAAUUGGAUUGGACCGAUGUAACUGCCAUCGAAAUAAUGAUUAAUUGUUUAAAUGACUGCAUUCUUGAGUACUAUGAUGGAAUGUUGAGAAAGAUCAAGAAAGAACACAUACCUCUUUAUAAAUGCAAUCUUAAUGUAUCCAACGAGAUGCGCUUAAUAAUCAAUAAUAUGACAGAAAUAACGAAAUGUAUUGAAAAUGUCAUUGAAGUCAUUGAAAAGGAUCUAACAAAUAAAUUAACUACAGAAUCUAGAAAAUAUUUAACGGGUCCAUUAAGAAACAUAAUAGCAAAGGCAAAAUCUGAAAUGUUAUCCUGCAGCAAAUACGCGAUUCAAUCGGCUAAAUUGCAAGCGUGUGAAAUGAUACAAAACAUAAUUAAUUCUAAACCUGGAAAAGUGAAACAGAACGCAUUUUGUAUAUUCGAAAAAUUUAUAGAUGAUUACAUUAAACUUUUAAAUCAUAACUUGACUAAAAUGGGAGUCAAAUUUGUAAUUUACGAAAUAUGGAAUGAAAUUUUGAAAAAUUUACUUGAAAUUUUGGACGAACACAAAAGUAAAGGAGUUGCAGAUGUAUGCGAGAUAUUAUCCAUGAUUGUAGCGAAACUAAGCGAUAAAGAAGACAUUUUGACUCACAAUCAAAUGAAAAAUUUUAAAUAUAAUAGAUUAAAAAGUUACUUUCUCGAAUUGGAUUAUGCUAAAACGAAUUAAUUGGACCGGAUAAAAGUCAAAUUGGAUGUGAAUAAAAACACCACAAAUCCGUCGUCAAAUCUAUAAAAAUUAUAAUAAUAAUAAUAAUAAUAAUAAAGAUUAUUAUUAAAUUUAUUUUAUCAUUUGACUUAAAUUAAUCAGAAUUUCUACAUAUAAGUUAUUAUCAUGUUUUCAUACUCUAUAAAGUAUUUUAUUAAUUUAACUCAUUUCAUUUCAUCGGUAUUUUAAAAAAAUUUGGUGAGAUUUUGCGUAAAUUUUUUCAUCAUGUGAAGCAAUAUUUGAAAUUUUAAAAUUCGAACUUAAUAAAUUUCGAAUUGUAGAUUAAAAAAUAAAUAUUAUAUCUGCUAUGGAUGGAAGUCAAAAUCUAAUUUUAAAUCUUAUUCUAAAUGUAGGAUAAAUGAGAAUUAGAUGAUGAACACGUGUAAUUAUUAUAUAAACUAAAAUAGAAAACGCCACUCCUGUAAUAUAUGUGGAAUUCUGUAUUUGAAAUCUGACAAUUUAAAAACUUUAAUGUAGAAAUUUUAAUUAACCUAUAUUUGGGCAGACAUCAGACGAGUUUUGCU